AUGAAGGCAAACAUUGGCAAGUCCUUCGCGGCCUUGAUCAUUGGGCUGUCGCGUACCACUUCAGCCUCAUUUGUUCCACGGUGGGAAUCCCGAGGCGCCGAUAUCGAUCUCGAUCUCGAUCUCGAUCCCGCGACUGAAGACUUCAGCUGGGACACGAUUCGGUCGUCGAGCGAGCUUCAAUAUCACAAAUGCUACGGCUCCUUCGAGUGCUCCAAACUCACGGUCCCUCUCGAUUGGACCAACCAAAGCAAUCCCAACAGUGUGACGCUUGCACUGGUCAGACUGCCUGCGGUGGUUGAUGUGACAGAUGAGUCGUUCGGCGGCACCAUCAUUAUCAACCCCGGUGGCCCCAGCGGAUCGGGAGUAGUAUCAGUCCUCCAGGCUGGAAGAGGCGUGCAAAGGAUUGUGGACAGCGACAAGCACUUUGAGAUUCUAUCGUUCGAUCCCCGCGGAGUGGCCUUUUCGACCCCUAGCUUGGCCUGCUUCCAGGACGACGCCGCAAGACUUUCACUGUCCGUGUUCGGUGUAGGGGCGGGCAGCCUGGAGGCCAGCCGGGAUGCCUUGAACGUCAAAUGGGGCAUCGAUGAAAGCCUCGGCCGCCUGUGUGAAUCCGCUAGCAAUGGCCACUUUCCCGACGGCUCCAACAUCCGCCAGUUUGUCAGUACUGCCCUUGCUGUACGAGACAUGGUCGAAAUAGUCGACCAAGUCGAUGCGCAUCUUCGGAAAGAGGUGAGCUUGGGGCGAACCCGAUUGAAUGAUCGGCAGACUGUCAUGGCCGUUGGCCCGAAGCCAAAGGAUCCUGCGCUUCUCAACUAUUGGGGUCUCUCCUACGGCACGUACCUGGGGAAUACUUUCGCCAGCAUGUUUCCCGAGCGGGUCGGUCGCAUGGUCUUGGACGGAGUGGUCGACGCAGAUGACUAUACAGCCACAGGAUGGACUACCAACCUCCAGGACAACAACCAAACAUGGAUCAAGUUUUUCGAAUUUUGUUUCGAAGCCGGAUCGAAAUGUGCUCUCUUCGACCCUCUAGCACUUGGACCUGAAGAGAUACGAGACAAGGUCGACGUGUUCCUCGCUGGGCUCAAGGAUAAUCCCAUACCGCUGAUCCGCGAUGGGAAUGCCUACCUUCUCACAUAUUUCGAGCUGAAGAGUAGCAUUCACGAAUGUUCGUACCUCCCUAACUUGCUCUGGCCACUGCUGGCCGUCCUGCUCCAGUCUCUCAUAGAUGGCGUCCCCCUGACGGCCGCCUCAGCCCUGGAAGGGCUGAUAGAUUGGCGACAAGCCGCUUCUCGCCAUUUCUCACCGGCACUGCCACUGCCACUGCCAUUCCAGCCACUCCAGAGCAAGCCACCCGGCCACUUUGGCGAGGGCGAGACGGCAGAGCCAUUGCCUACAGGUUACCCGUGGCAGCUUGAAGCUGGAGUGUCCAUUCUCUGUGGCGACGGAGAGGACAUCACGUUCAAGUCCAAGGACGAUUACGCCGAGUACCUUUCUCUCCUGGAGUCUCAGUCUCCAUUGGUUGGUGCCAUCUGGGCCGAGAUCAUCUUACAUUGCAUUCACUGGCCGGCGUCUGUUCGGCCUUCGACUGCGAACCGCUUCACCGGCCCCUUCCAGUCGAACCUCUCCGACUACGACCCUCGAGGCAGUCCGUUGCUCUUCAUCGGAAACACCGCCGACCCUGUAACGCCGUUGCGGAAUGCGCUGAAGAUGUCGGACCGGCAUGAAGGCAGUGUCGUGCUCACGCAGGAUCUGCCGGGCCACUGCUCCGGAGAGGCCAACCCAAGCGGGUGCACGUUCGAGAUCUUGAAGGCCUUCUUCAGGGACGGGACACUUCCGAGGCCGGGGCUUGUAUGCGAGAGUGCUCGAAAGCCGUGGGACGACUGA